CAACCCAUCACGGACUCCGUAUUCUUCCACAUGCUUUCCCCCAUGGACCUGCCGUUCCUGCUGCCGCCAGCACUGGGCAAGCAGAGGGGAGGGCCAAACUUGGGAAGAUGGUGGUGCCGCGGGAAACGUGCCUUGCGUCCCCCGCCAUCCGGCCCCCUCAGCCGCUGGUAGCAGCAGCGUGGCACAUAGUGCAGAGCUAUCUGCUCAGCGGGCGAUUCCUGGCAGUGCACUUCAGACGGGGCGACUUCAAGGACUACUGCCAGAAGAAGCACCCAUCGGACGGCUGCUUCCUCCCGGUAGCGCAGGCAUCGCAGUGCGUGCGCACUGCCGCCAUCACUGCGGGGGUGUCCCUCGUGUUCCUCGCCACUAACGCCCAGACGCACGAGGUCCAGGAGAUGAGAGCGGUGCUCGAGGGGCAACUGCAGGGUCAACUGCAGGGGCAUGGUGAUGAGGCACAACCGCAAGGACCAAGCAAGGCGCCUCGUGUGGAGCAACAAGCGCAGCACGAGCAGCCAUCCAGUGUUGAAUCGCAACCGUUGGAUCUGCCAACCCCAGCCAUCGGAUGUGCGAUCCCAGCCGUCCAUGCCGGUCAUUGCGCGCCGCAUGCUGCAUCAUGAUGUAGACAGUUCCAACACUCCUUCUGCAGACAAACUUUUAGAUCCCACCGUCAACAGCAGCAGCACUGCUACUGGCAGCAGCAGUGCAGUGCAGCUUGUGACUCUAUCGCAUCUGCUCUCUAAAGAGGACAACAGCACCUGGCUUCAGUCGCUUACGAAGAACGGCAUCGACCUCAAGACCACCCCUCAGGCAGUAGCCACCCUGGAGAAGCUGCUCUGUGCGCUGGCAAUGGGGUUUCUGGGCACGCCCCACUCCACGUUCACCAAGGAUAUCGUGCGGCUGAGACACGGGUUCCGCACGGCAAGGUGUGGCGACGACUAUGUGUGCAGUGCUGGCCUGAAUGAGGAGAGGCCAUCUUUUUUAUACACCCCCCACUCCACGCUCACAAAAGAUGUCGUGCGGCUGAGGCAUGGGUUUUGCGGCUGAGGAUGGUUAUGUAUGCAGUGCUGGGCCCAGAGAGUAAAGGGGUAACGGUCCUCACACUCCACCUUGACCAGUGGCACAGUGUGGGUGAACAUGGGUUCUCACGAGGCUUCCAUCCACCCAUGCUCCACUGCUCAAAUCGGCUUCGGUGAUAAAGCUGUGCUCUCAAGAGACAUGGUGGUUGUUUUCACAUGUGGAGCGGAGCAUUGGCGGUUGUAUGGAGGGUGAAGAAAGAGAGGCAGCUAAACACAUCCAUUUUGCAUCUAAACACUCUGUUACAUUAUUAUUAUUCUGUGCUAUU